AUGAAGCCUGAUGACCAGACACUAUUAGUGUUAAAGUUUUGCAGUGCUGCUGAUGAUGUUGGUGGUGGUGGUGGUGGUGGUGGUGGUGUGGGUGCGUUGAUCUAUUUGCCGUGUAAUUGUAAUGCGGGGAGAAUCUGCAUUGACUGUUCUUGCCCUUUGUGCGAAUUUGUUAGAAAUGGGCCACUUGGCACCAUCAUCGUCAUUUAUAAUACUUUCCUCAUCCCUUUCCAGUCUUUGACUUCUUCCGUCUUCGCUGGCUUCCCCAAUAACUGCAGCAAUGCAGCCGCUGCAGCUGCUGCCGCGGCCGCUGGACAGAUCCAACACUCGCAGUUCCUUCUUGAGCUCCUCACUGGCUGGCGUCAUAGAGAUGCCAUUCACUGGGUCAAUGAAGAUAGCGAGUACAAACUAAGCAAUCCAGAGCGAGUGGCUUCCAUGUGGGGCCAACGUAAAAACAAACUCGCCAAGAACAAAAACACACUGCCUCCUGCUCUGCGUUACUAA